AACGCUUUUCUCCCAUCACUUCCAUCUUCAACUCAAAACAUCUACAGACAUGACGCUUUUAAGGUCUAGAGAAGUUGUUUCUGUAACUCAAAAGGAUCUUUCGCCUACAUCUGGGGUUGAAAUCCAACCAUUGACACCCGUAAAGGAAGUCGAGCCCACCAAUAAGUCGUCAUUUCAAACAACUCCAAGUUUGGUUCCAGCUUCACAUAACCCAGGCUCAGUGGCUACUACGGCUUCCGGCUCUAUUUCCAACCAAGGUCUCAGAAGGAGUGCCAGACUCUCUUCUAAAUCGCCUUCGUAUAAUGUUGGUUUUACAACGAAAAGGAAGCUUGUAGAUCUUCAAACUGGUCAACACCCUAGUGGGAUUAAUGCUUCAGGUUUGUUCCGUGUGGAUGGGAAUGGAAAGGUAUCUGGUGCUUCUCGGAGCCGUGUACGUAAUGUUGGGGUUUCAAGGGAGUUGUUAGAUACUGCCGACGACUGUGAAGCAAAUAGAAUGUUGCUGUCUGAUUUGGGUACAGAACAAUAUGAUGAAGAAGAGGUACAGAGUGUGAGGAAGUUGAAGAGUCCAAGGCUUCCCAGUGUUGAUGUUCAAGUAAUGGAUUCUGAAUCGGUUCAGGAGGAUGAUGCAGGAAAGGGAUGUUUAAAACUACGAUCAGGUAAGGAGCUUUUAAAACCAGCGGUUAAGCAUGUUGCUGAUGAUAAAAAACUGUCUGCUCCUGAGGACAACAGGGAAACGAGAGAGAUAGAAAGUGAUGCUGUUGUUAAUAGAGUCGAACAAGGGAGUCUUACAAUUGAGCCAAAAAGAGGCUCAAGAGGUAACAUAAAUGGUAGUGAGAAGGCUUGGAAAAGGUCCAGCAGAGAAGAUAAAAAGAAAGGGGCGUUAGUGGAUGGUGACGGUCAUGAGGAAUCAGGUUUAGAGAAAAAAAUCAAGAUGAUAUCUGGUGAAGAAUCUGAGACCAGAAGCAAGGCAACAAUUGGCGAAGAAAUGGAUAUUGAUCUUGUGAAUGGUGUCGAUGAUACCGUUAAGAGGGAUAUAAGUAGACUCCGCAUGAAAGAAAAAGGGAAGGGGAAAGUAGUCGAGAUCGAUUCAUCAUCAAAUUGCAGCGAGAUGGUUGAUUCCCAUGUGAAAUCUAAAGAAGCAAGUUUGAUGGAUAGUACAGUUGCUGAAACUGUGAGCAUGGAGAUGGCAGCUAUUGAAAGAGCUGCCACUAGCACUAGCGCUAGAAGGGGCAAUAUGGAAAGGUUUAAAAAUGUAGCUAAAAGAAAUGCUUCAAGAUUUGCUUAUUUCUCUGCUCAAGAGGAAGAAGACGACCCUAUUGUAGAUGAGGUUGAACUUGAACUGCCACAAAUGGAAGCAAAUGAUGAGGUGGAGGAUUGGCCUGGUCCAUUCUCAACCGCCAUGAAAAUAAUUAAAGAUCGAGCAGCAAACAUGCCUGCUCAACAGAAAAUUUUGACUUUAGAUAAAAGUCACUCUGUUCCAUUAAUAUGGGUUCCCAAGGAGAAACAGCAAAACGAUCGCCCGAAGAAGGUGGCUCCAUCCCUGCAGGAAUUAUGCAUGACAAUUAUUGCCGAAAAUGUGGAUGCAAUAAUCUCCCUUGAAAACGUGCCGGAUGUACUCAGACACAAGCUUACUCAUCUGCUUUGUGAUUGUCGGAAAAUGAACACCCACUUCUUUGACCUCCUUGCAAGCGGAUCUCCUUCUGAGAUACGUAUAAAGGAUUGUUCAUGGUUAAAUGAGGAACAAUUCACAAAGACCUUUGAAAGGAGUGAUACUAGUAAUCUCAAGGUACUACAACUGGAUCAGUGCGGGCGAUGUUUGCCAGACUACGUUUUGUUUACCACCUUGGCUCACUUGCCAAGUAAGUUUUCGGCGUUGACUAAUAUAUCCUUGAAAGGUGCAUGCCGUCUCUCGGAUGCUGGGCUGAGUGCUCUUGUUGCUUCUGCACCUGCUUUGAGAUCUAUUAAUCUUGGGUGCUGCUCUUUGCUCACUUCUGAUGGUAUCAUUGAUUUAGCUGACAAGCUAGGACCAAUCCUUAAGGAGUUGUACAUAGAUGAGUGUUUUGGUAUUGAUGCUACACGUAUUCUGCCUGCACUAUUGAAGCUAGAACAUUUGGAAGUGUUGUCUAUCUCUCGCUUUGAAAUGGUUAAUGAUUCUUUCAUCAGACAAUUUGUGGCUGUUCGGGGUGAGAAGAUGAAGGAGCUUGUCUUGGCAGAUUGCACGAAAUUGACAGAUAAAUCUUUAAAAGCCAUCGCUGAAAGUUGCCCUGGGUUAUGUGCAAUAGAUCUAACCAACUUGAGUAAAUUGACGGACAUUUCAAUAGAACAUCUUGCAAAUGGUUGUCAAACAAUUCAAACAAUGAAAUUUUGCCGCAAUGCAUUCAGUGAUGAAGCUGUAGCUGCAUACGUUGAAGCCUGUGGAGAACCUUUGAAGGAACUGUCGCUCAAUCAUGUUGAUGAGGUUGGGCACCACACUGCUUUAUCACUUGCGAAACAUGCAAGAAAUUUGUUAACUUUGGAUUUAUCUUGGUGCCGCAAUAUGACGAAUGAGGCCCUGGGAUUGAUUGUAGAUAGUUGUAUAUCAUUGAAAAUGGUCAAGUUGUUUGGGUGCACACAGAUCACAAAUGUGUUUAUAGAUGGACACUCGAAUGAAGAGGUGAGAGUUACUGGUUUGAGAGGGAGUCAAAUAUUGAAGAACACUCAAGUGCAUGAUCACAGUUUUCCGUUGCGAUAUUCAUCAGUCUGAACACAAUUUCAGCAUGUUUGAUGCCUCAUUUUGUUAUGGAAUUUGGAUAGCAUGAUGAUGAUUAUGAUGUUGUCUUUUUUUGGAAGGAAUAUAUCUGUAUAUAUAGUUGAUGAUGUAAAUGAAGGAGGCAUUUUGCAUGGAAUGAAUGGUUGAUGAUGUAAAUGAAUGAAGUAGACUACUGAAACUUGAAAGUGGAAUGGAUAAUUGGUUGUUGCUUUGCUUAAUUGUCUCUUAUUUUCAUUUUGUACUUCUAUGAUUGAUCUUCUUGGCCAUGAUGGUAAAUUGCUGGAGGCGUAUGAAUUCAUUGAGAAUAUGCCAAUUAAGC